AUGGAUGAAGUACAUGUCCUUGCAGAGGAGGAGACGGCUCCACUUGAGAGGCAAGAUUCCCCAGGAAAGCGUCAGCGCGCGGCUCUGUUGAAAAGUCGUUUUGCUGAUACCAUUAUGAAAGCUCGAGAGAAGACUCUAACUAAGGGUGAGAAAGGAGAUGCUGAAAAGCUGAGGAUAGAAAGAGAGAAGUUUGAGAAACGGCUUAGGGAAGAAAACCUACGGUUACAAGCCGAGGCCAAAGCUGCUGAAGAGGCUAAGAGGAAAGCCAAAGCAGAAGCUGCAGAGAAAGCAAGGAGGGAAAGAGAGCAAGAGAGAGAAGCUGCACGACAAGCCUUACAAAAGCUGGAAAAGACGGUGGAGAUAGAUGAGGGUAGGCGGUUUAUGGAAGACCUGGAGAUGCUUAGAGCUACAGGUGCCGAGGGUGAUCAACUACCGACUUUCAUGAAGGAGAUGAGCCCCAAAUUUAGUGAGGAUAUGUUGGGUAGUUUUAAGAUGGAAGGAAACAGUAACCCAUUAGAACAGCUAGGUCUGUACAUGAAAAUGGAUGAGGAUGAGGACGAUGAAGAAGAUGAGCCACGGUUCAGCCAAGGAGAAGUAGAUGAGCAGGCCUUUGAUAGAAAAGAAAGACUCACGCUUAGUCCUCACGAAGACCAACUUGAUAGCGGAAAUGAACAACCGGUAAGCCAAAAGGCACAAGAUAAUGGGAACCAAGAAGGUGAAAAACCUACGAACGAAAAGGAAGGAGACGAAGAAACAGAGAUUGUGCCAGUUAGUCCCCACGGAGAAGAGGGAGAUGACCAACUCGGUAGCGGAAGUGAAGGGAGAGAAGAAGUGGUAAGCGAAAAGGCACAAGAUAGUGGGAACUACGAAGAUGAAAAACUCAUCAACGAAAAUGAAGGAAAGGAACAGUUGGAGAUUGUGCCAGAGCAAGAAAAUGGAAUUGAGGACAAUGGAGAUGAAGUUGUGGACAAGGGAGAUGAAGAAACUGGAAUUGUCGACAUGGGAGGGGUGGAAACCGAAGUUGUGGAGAUUGUAAAGGUAGAUACUGAAGUAGUUGACAUGAGAGAGCAAGAGGCUCAAGCUGUUGACAAUGGAGAGAAAGAACCCGAAGUUGUGGACAUGGGUGAGCAAGAAAAUGAAACUGGAGGCAUGGGAGAGCAAGAAAAUGGAAUUGUGGACAAGGGAGGUGAAGAUGCUGAAGCUGUGGACAAAAGAGAUGAAGAAGCUGAAGCUGUGGACAAAAGAGAUGAAGAAGCUGAAGCUGAAGCUGUGAACAUAGGUGUCGACAUGGGAAAGGUAGAAACUGAAGUUGUUGACAAGAGAGAGCAAGAGACUGAAGUAGUUGACAAUGGAGAGAAAGAAACUGAAGUUGUGGACUUGGGAGAGCAAGGAAAUGAAAGUGGUGGCAUGGGAGAGAAAGAAACUGAAGUUUCUGACAAUGGAGUAGAGGAAACUGAAGUUGUCCACACGAGAGAAGAAGAAACAGAAGCUGUCCACGCAAGAGAAGAAGAAACUGAAGUUUUUGACAAUGGAGAAGUGGAAACUGAGGUUGUCCACACGAGAGAAGAAGAAAGUGAAGUUGUGGGCAAGGGAGAGCCAGAAACUGAAGUUGUGGGCAAGGGAGAGCCAGAAACUGAAGUUGUAAAAAAGGGAGAGGAAGUAUCUGAAGGUGUGGAAGAAGAAACUGGAUGAGAUGUCUUUUCUUUUUGGUCUCGUUAACAAGAAGAAAGGGAAGGAAUGAAAGAAAGAAAAAAAAAAGGUCGAGCAAUGAUGAGUCUUUCUAUGUGGCACAAAAUGUGAAGUGGCGUGAAAUAACCAAAAGUAAAGGAAAGGAAAGCCAAGAGAGGAUGAGCUUUUGCUUGAUUUCUCAACCCGACUCUGUUGUGUGUUGACCAAUGCAUUUUGAAUUGAACAUAACAAUUUUGAUUAAAGAAAAGAUAUUGUCGAAAAAUUGAGUUUGUUACUAAAGCAGAGCAUUACUUGGACUAGAUUGUUGAAAUUGUGCAAAAUCUAAACUGUACAGAAAUGACAUUGUUAACUUUUGAGCCCCCAAUACUUUAAUUUGAUUAGCCGAUUAAUCAUUAUGAAAUAUAUAUUAUCUAGAUAAACGGAGAGAUAAGAGGUUCUAAACCUCUUUGAACAUCAUCAUAUGCCAAUGAACGAUGCUACUAUGUAUUAAAAC